ACCGGACCGCAGAGGUGUGAUUCUGCGAACACUAGUUUUGGAUGCGUGUUUGUCUUUGAUAGCUCGUACAAGUGUGUGUAGAGCUUUUCUAAAUUUUUUCUUUUUUGUUUAUAUAAAGGCAAAAUAUCUAAUUAAUAGCAAAUUACCAUGGCGCGAAGCAGUGCUAUUUUUCUCUGCUUGCUGUUUUUAAUGGUGUUCAGCUUUUCUCUGAGUAAAAAAGUCAGUCAUGUCGACAAAUUGGACGAGGAUAAUUGGCAAAACAUGCUCGAGGGUGAAUGGAUGGUCGAAUUCUAUGCACCUUGGUGUCCUGCUUGUAAAGCCUUAGAAAAAAUUUGGGAAGGUUUGGCUUUUCAGAAGAAAGAACUAGGCAUCAAUGUGGGUAAAAUUGAUGUUACAGACUCACCUGGACUGAGUGGUCGCUUCAUGGUCACUGCUCUACCAACUAUUUAUCAUGUUAAGGAUGGUGUAUUCCGUCAAUACAAAAGCCCAAGAGAUAAGGAUUCGCUUGUUGAAUUUGUCGCUAAGCAAACAUGGGCCAAAGUUGAACCUGUUUCCAGUUGGAAAAGUCCCACAUCUAUUCAAAUGUCAAUCAUUAGCCAAUUUUUCAAAAUGUCUCAAGUUUUAAGGGUUGUCCAUAAUCAUCUGAUGGAAGAGUAUGGCUUGCCAACAUGGGGAGGUUACCUUAUCUUUGCUAUUGGAACAAUCUUCCUUGGUGCUUUCGUUGGCCUGUUCAUAGUCUGUGUCAUUGAUUGCAUCUAUCCACCAAAACAGUUUAUGGAACAAACAAAGAAAAAACAAAAAGGUUCAGGUGGUUUUAUGUCGGCUGCUGGUUCUAAUGAAGAUGAAAUUGCAAAUGCAAUUAAAGACGAUUUAGUAGAUGAAGAAAACAGUGAAUCUGGAGAUAGUAAGUCUCAAAACAGUACACCAAACGUACGCAAGCGCAAAUCACGCAAAGCUGAUUAAUCCAAAUUUAUAAAACAUGUUUGAAUCAGAGAUUUUUCAUAAAAUCUGAUUAUAUUAUGAUCUGUGUAGAAUUGUUUUAUUUUGCAUAGUUAUGUGAAAAAAUUUCAUAAAAUAUCUGAAUGAUUGUGAGAAUAAAAAUGUGUGUUUUGUAUAUCUGUGACUAAUCAGUGUGAAUUUAUAGACCAUAUUGAUUUUUUAAAAAAAAACUUUGCAAUUAAACUAAAAGAAAGUAUACUAAGUCAAAACAUUCCAAGAUCAAUAAAUAGUAAUGUGCUACAGUGCACUACAUUUUUUUAAUUAACUCAUGUAAUUCAUCAGCAACUUUAUGAUAUUUUAAAUUUAUUUAACUAAUUUGAAUUUUAAGAAGUUUAAUUAAUUUUAACGUUUUUAAUCUAAAAUGAUGUAAUUUUUUAUUGUUAAUUAAGACAGUUACGAUUAACAUUAAAUACUCAAAGUAGACUGAAAAGUUUAUCGCGAAAAUACACAUUUUCGAUGUAAUAAUUUGUAAAAUAAUUUACGCUGCAAUAAUUUUAUCAGCUUUAAUAAUAUUUUUUUAGAAGUCCUAACAUUUUUAUAGUGGGACGUGUUUUAUGACUAUUUAUUUCGCCGUUAAAGUCUUACACCAAUAAAACUUUUACUUGAACGCACAAAGAUGAUCUGUUUUCAAUUUUAAAAGAAAAUUGAAAAUUCUGAAAAAGUUUGACUUAUUCUAUGGUGUUAUUGUACUUGAAAUGAUACUUUGUUGUAUGUAUGAGUCAAGUUUUAGUUGCUACAGUAUCUUGUUAGGUUGUUCUUUCAUUUUCUUAAUAUUACAAAAUCAUCAUAUUAUUUGAAAUCAGGUAUUCCGAAUAUCAUGCAUCAUUCCAUAACAUCAGCAAGCAAAUAUUAAAAGAAUUGAUCGAUAAUGUAACAAGCUAAAUCAAAUUGACUUUGAAUGAGGACACGUGACAUGAUGUAACUUAUUGAGUAUAAAUAAAUUUGUAUAUUAGUUAAAUACAAUAAA